UCAUGGCGAGAAAUCAUAAGUUUCGUAUUGAUUCGGGUUACAUGGAAGAACUGAGGUUCCGUUCUCAUCCGUUCGGAACGUCCGUCGAAGGAUUCAACUCACUCAGCCGUAACCACCGUGAUCAUCCGUACGUUUCCGACGUUGUGGUGGAUACACUCUCUGACCAGUUCUCGUCGCUCUCUCUUCUCCCUCCUCCUAAACCCAGACGUGUUCCUACUUUACCGUCAUCUCUCCAGUGUUUGAGGUCUAAUGGUCCAAAAGCUGAUCUGAGAUUGUACGGAGAAAGGUCCAUGCUUGAAUCGUUUUAUGAACUUCAUCUUUCAAGGAUCCGCAACCGCAAGAAUGAGUCACAGCAAGAUAGAGCAAAGGUUUUACAGAAACAAGAGGCACGGUUGCACAGUAGAGGUUUGGUUCAUCGAAACUGCAACGUUUUGAGGGAAUCUGUAGGAACCGGCGUUUUCCACCCUCUUCACCGUCCAACUACUACUAGUACUCAGACUUUUAACUCCCUGAAGAAGCCUACCAAAGCAGAACAAAGGAAACGGAAUCAAAGUGAUAAGAAUGAGUUCUUGACCAAAGCAAGGAGAGGAGUAAUGACUACUGCGAGUACAAGGCAGGAGGAGCAACAGAAGGAUGAGUGCCAUUAUCAUUUGCCUCCAGACAUGGAUUUCUCCAAGGACUGGACUUUUUGAUGGGACAAGUUCGAGUAGUUACUAAUAAGCCUUAAUAAGUAAUAAUUAGGAGGUCUUUUGGGUAUUAA